CGGAGGCCCAGCCCGGGGGAGGCCAUUUAUAGCCCUCCCCCGGACCCACCAGCCCAGCUUGCCGCUGCCGGCCUGACCUCGGUGCCACUGCCGCUGCCCAGACGCGAGGCUAUCAGCCCAGGACUGCACGAUGGGGGAUGAGGAGAAACGCAACAGGGCCAUCACGGCCCGCAGGCAACACCUGAAGAGCGUCAUGCUGCAGAUCGCGGCCACGGAGCUGGAGAAGGAGGUGGGCCGCCGGGAGGCGGAGAAGCAGAACUACCUGUCGGAGCACUGCCCGCCGCUGCAUCUCCCCGGCUCCAUGUCCGAAGUGCAGGAGCUCUGCAGGCAGCUGCACGCCAAGAUCGACGCGGCCGAGGAGGAGAAGUAUGACAUGGAGGUGAAGGUGCAGAAGAGCACCAAGGAGCUGGAGGACAUGAACCAGAAGCUGUUCGACCUGCGGGGCAAGUUCAAGAGGCCCCCACUGCGCCGUGUGCGCAUGUCGGCCGACGCCAUGCUGAAGGCUCUGCUGGGCUCCAAACACAAAGUGUGCAUGGACCUGCGGGCCAACCUCAAGCAGGUCAAGAAGGAGGACACGGAGAAGGAGCGCGACCUGCGGGACGUGGGCGACUGGAGGAAGAACAUCGAGGAGAAGUCGGGCAUGGAGGGCCGCAAGAAGAUGUUCGAGACCGAGUCCUAGGCCCCUCACCCCUGGCCACCGCCCAGCGCCCCUGCAACCUCGGGGGCCCCCCGAGGCCGGCUUGGCACCUGUCAAUAAAGGAUUCCAAUCCCCA